CCCUCCUCCCUUCCCUCCAAUGGGUGGGGACUCCUUCUGUGGGUCAAUGUUCCCUUCGUCAGACACCCGUUGGCCUAUGGGGGUAUGACGCCCAUCAACAACGGGUACCUACGGAUCAAUAGGCGUGGGCACAGGAACGCUUGGCCUCACAUCACCACUACAACGACAAGGCCUGGGGCAGCUGGGCCAAGGAGGCAUGAGCAUCUCCCAGUCAUUCAGCCAAUCUCUGGGCCAAGGAUUCGGUCAGGGAUUUGGCCAGGGUCUAGGCCAGGGAUUGGGCCUUGGACAGGGACAAGGAUUAGGUUUAGGUCAAGGACAAGGAUUAGGGCAAGGUCUAGGGCAAGGAUUAGGUCAAGGGUUAGGGCAAGGAUUAGGAGGAUCAACUUCUCCUCUGCCGUCUGGAUUGUCGAAUAUGGGAGGCUCACCCCCCACCUCCAUGUACCAGCCUCACUACCAAGCGUUCAGCUCACUCAACACGGCGCUGGGUGAAUACGCAGGAUCACCUCUAAACUCCCCAGGACUCCCCAACGGCCUAGGCUCCCCGGCCACACCCCCCAACAGCGGCUCUUCCUCCCCAGCAGCGGCCGCCUCCCACCACCACCACCAGCACCACCACCAACAACAACACCAACAACAACAGCACCAACUAGGUCAACAACAACAACAGCAUCAACAACAACAACAACAACAACAACAACAGCAACAACAGCAGCAGCAGCAACAGCAGGGGCAGGUCAACUGUGGUAUGGGUUCCAUGGGCGUGGGUAUGGGCGGAGGAGUGGGCGGGGAGGACGUGUGGAGAGGUUCCAGCAUCGCCCAGCUCAGGAGGCGAGCUUUUGAGCACUCAGCGACCAUGGCAGCGUUUAGGUAAGGAGUCCGUGGUCCGUGUUUUGGAUUUCCGUGGCCAGUUAGGAGGUCCGUGGCAGUGUUUAAGGCGUCCCUGGCCAGUUAGGAGGUCCGUGACAGUGAUUAAGACGUUCGUGGCCCGUGUUUAGGAUGUCCGUGGCCAGUCAGGACGUCCGUGACAGUGUUUAAGGCGUCCCCGGCCAGUUAGAAGGUCCGUGGCCGUGUUUAAGACGUCCGUGGCCGUGCAAAGGUGUAAGGCGUCCUUGAGCAACGUGUACAGUCACCCACGCCCCCACGUACAGUCACCCACUCUCCAGUUGACACAAGGACAUCUGGUGUCAUAUUUCGUGCCAAGUUGACAGUUCAAGGACGACUCCACAUGACACAGGUUCUGAGUGACACACAUGACACGUACACGUACACCCCCAGCUUAUAUCGCCUGUAGAUUAACUAACCUAACGUAUCACUAAUCUAACUUAACCUAAACUAACAUAAAACAACA